GCUCAGUACAAAUCCUUGAGGAGAGCCGGUGCUGAGUGUGAUGGUGGAGGAGAAUGUUACAUUAUUACUGGCAUACAAAGACAUUGUGCUAUCUUCUUUAUUUUCUAUUUCUAUUUCUAACUUUUGGCCCGGCCCGCCACAAUAUUUUCUGCUUCUCAUUUGCCCCCCCCCCCCCCCCCCCCCCCCGGGAAAAUAAUUGCCCAGCCCUGGACUACGUGGUCGUUUGGUCUCAUCGCACUUUUUUGGUCCUCAGGCGUUGAUGGAUGCGAGCAGGAUGCAAUUGUGUUAAGCAAAUUGGACUGUUUUAAUGACGAAAAGGCGUGUAGGUGGUAGACGAGAGAGCGAGAGAAAGGGGCUGCUGUGUGUGGACGGUCCCAUUAUUAUGGUCUUGAGACUUAACGUCGGCCUCUCACUGCGCACGCGUGAUCCCAGCUGAGCCUGAGCCCCGUGAAGCGCCGCUAAGUUGCGAGUGGACGUCGCUCCGUCUUCAUUACUGAUAUUUAUAUUUUUGUACAUUUGUCUUGCUAGAAAGAGAUGAAGCUCCUCGUGCCUUGUCGUGGAUAAAGUGCGCCCCCCCAACCCCCCCAAAAAAGGGAAGCGGACUACAUCUUCAGUUUAUGAAUGGCCCCGACAUGGAGGAAGCGCCGAUUGAGAAAGUCCGAAGCCGGCGGAAGAGGAGUCCGUGUCCGCCGGGCUUCCCCGUGAGCAGCAUCGCCUGCGAGGACGAGUUCGAUUGCAAGGAGCUCGAGUCUCUGUUCCAAAACUACAACCUGAAACUGGAGCAGACGUCCACGCUCAAGGCGCUCGCCGUGCUCAUCGUCAUGUCGUCGGCGCUGGCCGGCGCGGAGCUCCUGGGCGGCCCCGGCCACCUCACCAUCUCGAAGGGCUCGCACCCGGUGCACUGCGUCGUCUUCGCGUCGCUCUUCAUCGUCACCAACGUCAAGUACCUGCAGGUGACCCAGUUGCAGCAGAUCGUCAACCUGAGUCUGCUCUUUGGAUUCACCUUCGCCUUCCUCUGCUGUCCCUUCUCGCUGGGCGCCCCGGGCUCGGAGCCGCAGACGUCGCCCGACCAGGGCGUGUGGCAGCUGAUCCUGGUCACCUUCGUCGCCUACGCGUUGUUGCCCGUCCGGACACUGCUGGCCGUACUCUUCGGACUCAUGGUGUCCAUGUCGCACCUCAUUGUGACCGCCACCUCCGUCAGGACGCAAAAACUGUGGAGAACGCUGGCGGCCAACACGGUGCUGUUCACCAGCGUCAACUUGUCGGGCCUGUUUGUGCGCAUCCUGACGGAGCGAGCCCAGAGGAAGGCCUUCCUGCUGGCGCGCAACUGCAUAGAAGAGCGACUUCGCAUGGAGGACGAGAAUGAGAAACAGGAGCGCCUCCUCAUGAGUUUGUUGCCCAGGAACGUCGCAAUGGAGAUGAAGGAGGACUUCCUGAAGCCGCCAGAAAGGAUCUUUCACAAGAUCUACAUCCAACGACACGACAACGUCAGCAUCCUGUUUGCAGACAUCGUUGGCUUCACGAGCUUGGCCUCGCAGUGCACCGCCCAGGAACUGGUUAAACUCCUGAACGAGCUUUUUGGAAAGUUUGACGAGCUCGCUACGGAGAACCACUGUCGCCGCAUCAAGAUCCUGGGUGAUUGCUACUACUGCGUGUCUGGCCUGACGCAGCCCAAGACGGACCACGCCCACUGCUGCGUGGAGAUGGGACUGGACAUGAUUGAUACCAUAACGUCAGUGGCAGAGGCCACGGAAGUCAACCUGAACAUGCGUGUGGGCCUGCACACGGGCCGGGUGCUGUGCGGAGUGCUGGGCCUCAGGAAGUGGCAGUAUGACGUGUGGUCCAAUGAUGUCACUCUCGCCAACGUGAUGGAGGCCGGGGGACUGCCUGGGAAGGUCCACAUCACCAGAUCCACACUAGAGUGCCUGAAUGGAGACUACGAAGUGGAGCCGGGAAACGGUCACGAGCGCAACGUCUUUCUUCAAAAACACCAGAUCGAAACUUUCUUUAUUGUGCCAUCACACCGACGCAAGAUCUUCCCAGGAUUGAUUCUGUCGGAUAUCAAGCCGGCCAAAAAGAUGAAGUUCAAGACGGUGUGCUACUUGCUGGUGCAGCUCAUGCACUGCCGAAAGAUGUUCAAGGCUGAGAUCCCCUUCUCUAAUGUCAUGAACUGUGAAGAUGGUGAUAAGCGGAGGGCCAUGAGGACAGCGCCGCAAAAGCUGAGAAACCGGCCCAACGCUCACCAGGCCAACGUGGUCCAGAACAGCCCCAGAACGCGGGUCAACCGUUACAUCGGGCGGCUGAUCGAGGCCCGGCAGACCGAGUCAGACACGGCCGACCUCAACUUCCUCACGCUCAUGUAUAAGUGCUCGGAACGCGAGCAGAGGUACCAUCAGAUUCCAGAUGAGUACUUCACCAGUGCUGUGGUUGUGUCUCUGAUCCUCGCUGCUUUGUGUGGCCUCGUCUAUCUUCUCAUCAUACCGCAGGGGACAGUGGUGCUGGUGCUGCUUGUCUUCUGCAUCUGUUUCCUGGUCGCAUGCAUCAUGUACCUGCAUAUCACAAGAGUACAGUGUUUUCCAGGAUGCCUGACCAUUCAGAUUCGCACUGCUCUCUGCAUUCUCAUCGUGCUUUUUAUCUACGCUGUGGCCCAGGCCUGUGUGGUGGGCUGCAUGCCGUGGCUGUGGGGUCCCGCAGGCACCAACAGCUCCAUCGUCAUCAUCGACACUGACAACAGCGCCAGCCGUACCAUGGCCGAGAUGCCCUGCGAGGGCGCCCACUACGCCUUCCUGUCAUGCGCGGUGGGCACGCUCACCCUGGCGCUCUUCCUGCGCGUCUCCUGGCUGCCCAAGAUGGCGCUGAUGCUCCUGCUGGGAGUGCUCUAUGUCACCGUGCUGGAGCUCAGCGGUUUUCGCAAGACCGCCGGUGGGGGGUCCUUCCACAUCCGGGGCUACGAGCCCAUCCUGUCUCUAUUGCUUUUCGUCAGUGCCCUCGCCCUCCACUCCAGGCAGCUUGACCUCAAGCUGCGCUUGGACUUCCUCUGGGCUGUGCAGGCGGAGGAGGAAAGGGAUGGCAUGGAAAAAGUCAAACUGGACAACAGGCGGAUCCUGUUCAAUCUGUUGCCGGCACACGUGGCCCAACAUUUCCUGCUGUCCAACCCCAGGAACAUGGUGAGCCCAGCUCAUAGACAAGCAGACACACACAAACAGGACUUAUACUACCAGUCGUACGCGCAAGUAGGCGUCCUGUUUGCCUCCAUCCCAAACUUCAAUGACUUCUACAUCGAGUUGGAUGGCAACAACAUGGGAGUGGAAUGCUUGAGACUGCUCAACGAGAUCAUUGCAGACUUUGAUGAGCUCAUGGAUAAAGCGUGCUACAAAGAUAUUGAGAAGAUCAAGACCAUAGGCAGCACGUACAUGGCAGCCGUGGGCCUCGUCCCAACCAUUGGAACCAAGGCCAAGAAGUCCACCUACGACCACCUGAGCACAAUAGCAGACUAUGCCAUUGAGAUGUUUGACGUGUUGGAUGAAAUCAACUAUCAAUCUUACAAUGAGUUUGUCUUGAGAGUGGGGAUCAAUGUUGGUCCAGUGGUAGCAGGGGUAAUCGGGGCACGGCGACCUCAGUAUGACAUCUGGGGGAAUACGGUCAACGUGGCCAGUCGCAUGGACAGCACGGGAGUACCAGGGAAGAUUCAGGUGACGGAGGAGGUCUACCGCCUGCUGAACUCCGACUACGACCUGGUGUGCCGCGGCAAAGUGAGUGUGAAGGGCAAAGGUGAGAUGUUGACGUACUUCCUGGAGGGCAAGGUGCAGGGCGUGGGCACGGCCACCACCUCGUCGGUGGUACGCUCGGCCAGCCUGGCGCGCCGCAUCCACUCUUGCGGCAAAACUAGCGUGCCCGCCAACCUGGGCAGCGUCUCCUCCGUCGCCGCCUCCCCCAACAGCCAGCCCACCCGCUUGCCUUCUUCCCGCGUGCCUGCGGUGGGUGAGGAGGAGGAAGAAGAGGUGGGGGAGGAUCGAGAUGUGACAGCGAUUGAGAUUGAGGCUGUGGAGACUGCGGCUGAUGCUGCGGUGUAGACACAAACACAAGUGUGUGACCUCAGUGAAGGUACAAAGAGCCAAGAUGGAGGCCUUGAGGAGAGUGGCCUGCAUGUUUCCUGCAGGUGUGACACUCAUUGAGGAAAUGAGUCCAGACAAUCACUUGCUGUUUCUUGUUUUGUUAAUUUUUUUUUAGGGAAUUUCAGCUGCUCUUUCUUCUUUGGACACACUCAGACAUCCUUUCUUUGCAGGUAAAACAAAUUCUGCAGAGGGGGCUAUUCUACAAUAUGUGUAUUAAAAAAAAAGACUGAUCUUGCUAUUGCUUUUGCACAGUCCUUCUAAUGAUGCCAAGGAUGCAUUGUAUUAUUUGCAGUCGUCACACAGUGUUUCUUAUGGUGCAUCUAAGCAUGCCUGUGCGCGCGUGCACUUGUUGUGAGUGUGUAUGGUGAUGGAUCAUUCGAUGACACAGCACAACCACAUUUGGAACACUUUUGCUGACACUUUUCUUAUCACUGGUGCAUGAUCUUUUUACACCUCGACAGCCAUAGCUACGACCCCCCCUCCCCGCACCCGCAAGAAAACCAAAGGAAUGAUAUUUUCAACAUGUCAUCCACCAGGUUCACACAUAUGACUCUUUCACAAACCAUCUGAUAAGCUCAAAUGUGUCUUUUUUUUUCCAACCCCACUUGAACAAACUACAGUGGAACCACUAAGGGUUGAUUGUAAGGCAUUGAAGGAUGCUUUACAUUUGUUUUUA